AUGUGGAAAGGACAUGAAUUGUACGAAGUUGUCAUGCGUUACUUAGAAAUUCCGAAAAAUGAAAUUGAUGAUCAAUGUAUUAUGUUUGAGGCUCGCCGAUUGGCAUUCCUGAAGGCCAUGGAAGAUCAGGAAUCGGAAAAAUGUGAAGUUUGUGCGCAGCUCACAAUGUCAUCAGCUAUUGGUGUGAUGAUAAUGGUGCCUGUAUUCGCGGAAGAGACAAUCGAUCAUGUGGCAAAGGUGUUGCCAUCGUUAGCACGCUUGCAGCUGCAAGUGCUGGCCCAAUGGCAAUCGAUUCACCUCGUGUCUCUUCCGCGACUUCUCAAGGCGUUGAAAUGGCUUAAAAUGAACAAUGCCCAUUACAAGGACAUUGUGAAGGACGUGUUUUUUGAGAAGCCAGAUGCCACACAAGAAGAUGCCGAUGAGCUGAUUGAUUUGGAGGGUAAAGAUGAUGAUCGUCUUCUCUUGACGCAGCAGCACAUCGAAAAUGUUGGAAUCACCGAUGUGAACCCGUCGAAUGGAUGUCAUAUAUUUAAGCAAGAUAAGUAUUCUCCAUUGAGCGUAGAUCAGCCUCACGCCGACGAGAUGGCUUUCGUAGAAUUAUUCCCGCGAGGAAAGAAUGGGUUCUCGGAAAAACGGCAAAAGAAUGUGACCAUGGCGACAUUCGUCAGAUCGCGUCUGCUUAACCGCGAUCGGACAUUUGCGAAGAAUUUGAAACACCAAUUUUUCAUGUACGGAUUGCGCAAGCAGCGCGAUUUGACGUCCAGCAUGGUGACGAGAGCCAGGAUUCAAAAAAGAACGAAAGGAAAGGAAGUCAAAGAGAAUUUGACAGUUAAAAAAUAA